CGCUUCCUCUCACCUUUCAAUCCGUGCCCAGCAUCUCAGGCGACGCGUAUAAAAGGCGUCUUAUCGCUCAGCAUCGUUCCUCAUCAGAUUCUCCAUUCUCUCAAGUCCCAAGACCGUCCACACACAUCGAUAUGACUGGCUUCGAGUACGUCACAUACAGGGGCUCAAAAGAGGGCAAGGUCGUCGAGGCGAAAGCGCUCAUCGAGACGCUAGGCCCCGAUGAAGUCAUCCUCAAGGUCACCCAUUCAGGUCUUUGCGGCACGGACCUUCACUACACCUCGCAGGACAUGGUUCUUGGCCACGAAGGUGUCGGCGUAGUCCAGCAAGUGGGCAGCCAAGUAACCAAGUUCAAAGUGGGCGAUCGCGCAGGAUGGGGCUACCUCCAUGACGCCUGCCUUGAGUGCGAGCAGUGUCUCAAGGGCGAUGAGAUUUUCUGCGACAAGCGCCACCUGUACGGCACUCAUGAGUUCGACCAGGGCGCGUUCGCCUCCCAUGCUGUCUGGAAAGCCGCCUUCCUCUUCCACAUCCCCGACUCUCUCUCUUCUACUGACGCUGCCCCGCUGAUGUGCGCUGGCGCGACGGUGUUCACCGCGCUGCAGAAGCUAGGGGUGCGGAGCACGGACCGCGUUGGCGUCAUCGGAAUCGGUGGGCUUGGACAUCUCGCGAUCCAGUUCGCGUCCAAGAUGGGCUGCGAAGUUGUCGUCUUCUCGGGAACGGAAAGCAAACGGGAGGAGGCUGUCGAACUGGGUGCGGACGAGUUUUACGCAACAAGAGGCGUGGAGAAGCUCCAGAUCGGCAGCAAGCUCGACUACCUCAUCGUCACGACAAGCCAGCAGCCGGAUUGGUCACUAUACUUGCCGCUGAUGGUGCCUCAGGGAUCCAUUGUGCCGCUGAGUGUCUCUAGGGAGAACUUUAACAUGCCAUACAUGCCCCUCGUCCUGCACGGCCUUCGUGUUCAGGGAAGUCUGACCGCUUCGCGUGGUAUUCACGAGCAGAUGCUCCGCUUUGCUGCCCACCACAAAAUCAAGCCUAUUGUCCAAGAGUAUCCAUUGACUCUUGACGGUCUCGUGGAGGCGAUGGACAAGUUGGAUCAAGGGCAGAUGAAGUACCGAGGAGUUUUGGUCAGCCAGCAUCCGUGAGUCCCACGCAGGAAAAAUCUGUAGAGUAUUGAAAACAUCAUACCCCCACCCCAUCAGCACCGGAAGUGUAAGUUUGGCGAAUCUGUAGAACAUUUAAC